AGUCUAAAAGAUCAAUCUCUCCAUUUUAUUACAUUUUGCCAUUGAUCACGAAAUGGCGCUACACUUCUACAUCGGUAGCCGCGUCAGUACUUAAGUAUCGCCAGGUCCGAAUGGAAGCCAUCUUUCUUUGGAAAUCGGACCCGGACAACCAUAGCGUCAUUUACGAAACAAAAAUUAGCAUAUAAACUGACCCAGUGACUCCGCACUUGCAAUUUUAACGUUCCAUCACCGGCACCCCUCAUCCCCUGCACAAUUAUCGUCUAAGAGCAGAAUGCGUACUUCAGCUCUCCUUACACUCUUUUUCAGCUUCUUCUUCAUUAUUGAGUUGGCGUUUUCUAUCCCUUUAUCAACACCAGCCCUGCUUUAUACUCCUGGCGCCCGCGAUAUUCUCGGUUCACAGAAUAAACGCGUCAUGGACCCUGUAACUGGCACCAUCGGGAUGUUCCUCAGGAUGCUAGGCAGGCCGGGCUUGCAUGAAAUGCAAUUGGAGAUUGAUGACUACUGUUCCAAAUUCCCGUGUCCCACACCAAGUGAGUGUAAACAAGUCUUUCGAACAGUGCAGGACUCAUAAGCGAUUGAAUCCAGGAGGGACAUCCGAAAUUUAAUAUUUAUACCAGCCAGCAAGAGUUGUCUUUACGGCUUUGCGAGACUUUCAAUUGUAUACCCUUCGGAUUGUUGUACCUCUGGCAGGCAUGCUAUGUUUCAGUCCAUUUGUUAAACAUUCAAAUUAUUUGCAAGUAUAUAUCUAACUUAUCAUGUAUGUAACUCUGUAAAGCUUGUUUCACUUACCUCGAGUGCAUGGAACUCACUCGUGGUAUAGCACAACAAACUGUUACAGUUUCUUGUGUGGAAAUUCUUUGUUGCACGGCUUAACACUUAUUUGUAGUCAAUGGCAGGCCUUACAUUUACCUUGAUGGAAACAAACACUUGAUUGUCUUUUACUACCUGUCAGCUUGGGUGCUCAGUUGAAUCAUGAACAGUGCGUAACGG